UUCAGACUCGGAUGCCAGCUCGAUGGGCCCUCCAGGAACUGCUGCACCCUCGAAAAAAAGAACCAUCCAGCGCAUCACCCGAAAACUCACCGAUGCCGAGGAAGUCGAUGUGAUAGAGUGGAUCCAGGCUAACCCCAGUAUUUUCAACAAGGCGCAUGCUGAUUACAAAAACACGAAGAAGCGGGACCAGUUGUUCGCCGACAAAGCCGACCAGCUUGGAGAGGGGUUGACCAGACAGGACCUAUACAAAUGGUAUCUUGGGCAGCGUACGGCGUUUACAAAGUUGAUCAAGCGUCCGGCCAGUGGCAGUGGUACAGUCUUGAUGACCGCCCGACAGCAGUGGGUGGUAGAGAGCAUGUCCUUCCUCAAGGGGCAUUGUACAUCGAUCCCCGUACGGAAAGGUGUGGAUUUGACUGCUGCCAGGAAGAAGCGGUACGGCGAUGCACCCUUACAGAACAUACCAGCCUCAGACCCAGCUGCACCAGAAGAUGCACCGUUUACACCUUCUACAGCUUCAGUCCACUCAGAUUCAGAUCUGCUAGAAGAGAGGGAAGCUGUAAGUAACCACAGAAUUUUUUCAGCAACUUUGAACAUAUGUAAAAUAUAAAUUGUCGAUCGCAUAUUGUAGCCAAAGUAUUAACUGGCCU